GCGGCAGCGGCUGCGGCGGCUCCGGCGGCUCCCCCUCCUCCUUCGGUGGUGGCGGCGGCGCGGGUCCCAGCCCCAGCCCCUGCUCCCCUCUCCGUCACCCCGCGCGCCCCCCGCCUGCCCCCGGCGCCGCGGGGAACAUGCGGCUCCGCUCCCGGAGGCCGGCGAGUGAGUGACCCCCGUCCCUCGCCUCAGCCCGCCCGCCCGCCGGCCCGGCCUCUCCCCCCCGCCUCGCCCAGGCAAUGACAGCGGCUCCGGCGUCUCCGCAGCAGAUCAGGGACCGGCUGCUGCAGGCCAUCGACCCCCAAAGCAACAUCCGGAACAUGGUGGCAGUGCUGGAAGUCAUCUCCAGCCUGGAGAAAUACCCCAUUACCAAAGAAGCACUGGAGGAAACACGCCUUGGGAAGCUCAUCAACGACGUCCGCAAGAAGACCAAGAACGAGGAGCUCGCCCGGCGGGCCAAGAAGCUGCUGCGGGGCUGGCAGAAGCUCAUUGAGCCUGUUCACCAGAAUGAGGCAGCGCUGCGGGGGCUGGCAGGGGCUGCCAGCUCGGCCAACGGGGGUGCCCAUAACUGCCGGCCGGAGGCGGGGGCGGCCGGCACACCCAAGAGCAUCCACGACCUGAAGAAUCGCAACGACAUCCAGAGGCUGCCUGGGCAGCGGCUGGACAGGCUGGGAAGCCGCAAGCGCCGGGGAGACCAGCGUGACCUCGGCCACCCUGGGCCGCCUCCCAAGGUCUCCAAAGCCAGCCACGAUCCCCUGGUCCCUAACUCAUCCCCCCUCCCCACCAACGGGAUCAGCGGGAGCCCGGAGACCUUCCCUGGACCACUGGAUGGCAGUGGGCACGUGGGCGCCGAGGGCAGCCGCCUGGAGCGCGGUGAGAAUGACAAGCACAGUGGCAAGAUCCCUGUCAAUGCCGUGCGGCCGCACACCAGUUCCCCAGGCCUGGGCAAGCCCCCCGGCCCCUGCUUGCAGAUAAAGCCUUCAGUGCUGCAGCAGCUGGACAGGGUAGACGAGACUCCAGGGCCUCCUCACCCCAAGGGGCUCCCUCACUGCUCUUUCAGUCCCCGGAACUCACGGCACGAGGGCCCCUUUUCCCGGCAGCAGAGCUCAUACGCACCCAAGGGCUCCGUGCCCAUCCCCUCACCACGGCCCCAGUCCCUUGAUGCCACACAGGUGCCGUCCCCACUUCCACUGGCCCAGCCGUCCACACCCCCUGUGCGGCGGCUUGAGCUGCUGCCAGGUGCAGAGAGCCCAGUGCGCUGGCUAGAGCAGCCCGAGGGCCACCAGCGGCUGGCGGGGCCAGGCUGCAAGGCAGGGCUGUCCCCGGCUGAGCCCCUCCUGCCCCGGGUAGGCUUCUCCCCAGACUCCUCCAAGGCGGACAGCGACGCUGCCUCUUCGGGUGGCUCAGACAGUAAAAAGAAGAAGAGGUACCGGCCUCGAGACUACACAGUAAACUUGGACGGGCAGGUGGCCGAGGCAGGUGUCAAGCCUGUGCGGUUAAAAGAACGGAAGCUCACCUUUGACCCCAUGACGAGGCAGAUCAAACCUCUGACGCAGAAAGAGCCAGUGAGGGCAGACAGCCCUGUGCACACAGAACAGCUGCCCAGGACAGAGCUGGACAAGCAGGAGGCCAAGGCCAGCCUCCAGAGCCCCUUUGAACAGACGAACUGGAAGGAGCUGUCGCGCAACGAGAUCAUCCAGUCCUAUCUGAGCCGGCAGAGCAGCCUGCUCUCAUCAUCGGGCGCGCAGACCCCAGGGGCUCACCACUUCAUGUCUGAGUACCUGAAGCAGGAGGAGAGCACCCGGCGUGGGGCCAGGAAGCCACACGUGCUGGUGCCCCACAGCCUGCCCGUGGACCUGCCAGGGCUGACCCGGGAUGUCACACAGGACGAUCUUGACAGAAUCCAGGCCCACCAGUGGCCGGGGGUGAACGGGUGUCAGGACACACAGGGUAACUGGUAUGACUGGACGCAGUGCAUAUCACUCGACCCGCACGGUGACGACGGGCGGUUGAACGUUCUGCCUUAUGUCUGCUUGGACUGACCGGCCCCUCGGCCACAAAGUGCAUUCCCACCUUGUGGCAGCUGGGGCUGGCGGGUG